CGCGCGCCCUCAGCGAGGCCCCGCGCGAGCUGCCCGUGACGCUGCCUGCGCUGUUUGAAACUGCAGAACCCGUUACCAGCUUGGGGCAACUACCGUUCCAGCUGGUUCCGGAGCCCGUGCGCGCCAGGGGGACGAGUGGCGGGCGCGAGGUGGCUCUGGCCUUUCGCGUCUCUGCAGCGUGGAGACUAGAACCGGCACUUUCGUAGGACGCCACCUCCAAUCGCAGCGCUGGCGCGGGCGGAGGCUAAAACACGGGGGUCCUGAGACUGAGGAAAACGCGCCAAGUUCCCGUCGGUGGUGGAGUGAGGAAGACCCUAGCGGUUCGGGCGCCCGGCGAGCGGAGCCGCUUCUGGGGCUCCUUGCCGUCCCGGGGCGGGGGCGGGCGCGGGCUGGCGCCGCUCCGGCGAUGUAGUUGGUGCCGGCGCCGGGCAGGACCUAGCGGCAGCCCGGGUUCCCGCUCUUGAGAGCGAAUGGUCACUCCCCCGCGGGGAGGACGAUCCCGCCAGCUUUUCCGUGGGUCGACGGCCCCCGCGGGCUCGAGGCAGGGGCUCACCUGUCGCACCCGCACUCACCGCGAUUGGACUCGCCGGCGUCGCCGCCGCGGACCUCGCUCUGGGCCAUGACCAGAUAUGAUUGGUGAUUACAAGGUCCCUGUAUAAAUUAAUUCUUGUCAGCUCCUUGGGAUUUGAAGAGAAAAUGCCUGGUGUCAUACCUAGUGAAAGUAAUGGGCUUUCAAGAGGUAGUCCAUCGAAAAAAAACAGACUUUCCUUGAAGUUUUUUCAGAAAAAGGAAACCAAGAGAGCCUUGGAUUUCACAGAUUCUCAAGAAAAUGAAGAAAAAACUUCUGAAUAUAGAGGAUCUGAAAUUGAUCAAGUUGUUCCUGCAGCACAGUCCUCACCUAUAAACUGUGAGAAGAGAGAAAAUUUGUUACCGUUUGUGGGACUGAAUAAUCUCGGCAAUACUUGUUAUCUUAAUAGUAUCCUUCAGGUAUUAUAUUUUUGUCCUGGUUUUAAAUCUGGAGUGAAGCACUUAUUUAAUAUUAUUUCAAGGAAGAAAGAAGCCCUAAAAGAUGAAGCCAAUCAAAAAGAUAAGGGAAAUUGCAAAGAAGAUUCUUCAGCAAGUUAUGAACUAAUAUGCAGCUUACAGUCCUUGAUCAUUUCAGUUGAACAGCUUCAGGCUAGUUUUCUCUUAAAUCCAGAGAAAUAUACUGAUGAACUAGCUACUCAGCCACGGCGACUACUUAACACACUCAGGGAACUCAACCCUAUGUAUGAAGGAUAUCUACAGCAUGAUGCACAGGAAGUAUUACAGUGUAUUUUGGGAAACAUUCAAGAAACAUGCCAACUUCUUAAAAAAGAGGAAGUAAAAAACAUGGCAGAGAUAUCUACUAAGGUAGAAGAAAAACAUCAGAAAGAGGAAAUGAGUGGUAAUAACAGCACAGAGAUGGACAAUAUGAGGCAUUCUGAAGACUAUAAAGAAAAACUGCCAAAAGGAAAUGGGAAAAGAAAAAGUGACACUGAAUUUGGUAACACGAAGAAAAAAGUGAAAGUCUCCAAGGAACACCAGUCUUCGGAAGAAAACCAGAGACAAACCAGAUCAAAAAGAAAAGCUACAGGUGAUUCAUUAGAUAUUCCUCCUAAAAUAAUCCCCAAGUACAUUUCUGAAAAUGAGAGUGCAAGACCCUCACAAAAGAAAUCAAGAGUUAAAAUAAACUGGCUAAAGCCUGCAACUAAGCAACCCAGCAUUCUUUCUAAAUUCUGUAGUCUGGGUAAAAUAACAAACCAAGAAUCCAAAGGACAAUCUAAAGAAAAUGAAUGUGAUCUUGAAGAGGACUUGGGGAAGUAUGAAAAUGAUAAUACAACUAAUGGUUGUGGACUCGAACCUCCAGGGAAUAAUGUUAUGCCCGUUAAUAUUACUGAAGUUAAGCCCAUAAACAAAGGUGCAGAGCAAAUUGGUUUUGAGCUAGUGGAGAAAUUAUUUCAAGGUCAGCUGGUAUUAAGGACUCGUUGCUUAGAAUGUGAAAGUUUAACAGAAAGAAGAGAAGAUUUUCAAGAUAUCAGUGUACCAGUGCAAGAAGAUGAACUUUCCAAAGUAGAGGAGAGUUCUGAAAUUUCUCCAGAGCCAAAAACAGAAAUGAAGACCCUGAGAUGGGCAAUUUCACAGUUUGCUUCAGUGGAGAGGAUUGUAGGAGAAGAUAAAUAUUUCUGUGAAAAUUGCCAUCAUUAUACUGAAGCUGAACGAAGCCUUUUGUUUGACAAAAUGCCUGAAGUUAUAACUAUUCAUUUGAAGUGCUUUGCUGCUAGUGGCUUGGAGUUUGAUUGUUAUGGUGGUGGACUUUCCAAGAUCAACACUCCUUUACUGACACCUCUUAAGUUGUCACUAGAAGAAUGGAGCACAAAGCCAACCAAUGACAGCUAUGGAUUGUUUGCAGUUGUUAUGCAUAGUGGCAUUACAAUUAGUAGUGGGCAUUAUACUGCUUCUGUUAAAGUCACUGACCUUAACAGUUUAGAACUAGAUAAGGAAAAUUUCGUGAUCAACCAGAUGUGUGAAAUAGGUAAGCCAGAACCAUUGAAUGAGGAGGAAGCAAGGGGUGUGGUCGAAAAUUAUGACGAUGAAGAAGUGUCGAUUAGAGUCAGUGGAAACACCCAGCCAAGUAAAGUUUUGAACAAAAAAAAUGUAGAAGCUGUUGGACUUCUUGGAGGACAAAAGAGCAAAGCAGAUUAUGAGAUAUACAACAAAGCAUCUAAUCCUGAUAAAGUUGCCAGUACAGCAUUUGCUGAAAAUAGAAAUUCUGAGACUAACAAUACUAAUGGGACCCAUGAAUCUGAUAGAAACAAGGAAUCCAGUGACCAAAUAGGCAUUAACAUUAGUGGUUUUGAAAACAAAAUUUCAUAUGUAGUGCAAAGCUUAAAGGAGUACGAGGGGAAGUGGUUGCUUUUUGAUGAUUCUGAAGUGAAAGUUACUGAAGAGAAGGACUUUUUGAAUUCUCUUUCCCCUUCUACAUCUCCUACGUCUACUCCUUACUUGCUGUUUUAUAAGAAAUUGUAGAAUGAGUGUAUUUUCCCUGUGUAUAUAUUAAACAGACCUGGACAAACAUCGGUAAA